CGACGCCAUCCCUACCGCGCUGCCAUGUUGUUACCUAACAAUGAGGUCAACAUAAUGCCCACGGACAAUCCAACCGUGGUUGUCGCCAAUGUACCUGUUGCUGCUGCCGCGCUGGGCGUGCCCGUGCUGCCUGCCGCCUCGCCCGACGACGGUGAGGUGCCCCACGAGGCCACUGCUGGGAAUUCGCCUCUGCACGAUCUUGUCGCUCGUGACGCCAGGGAAGGCAUGCCUGCUAUGCUGGUUGGCUCGUCGGGGCCGCCGUCUGUUGGGCUGGAGAGCCGCGCCGUUCUUGAGCCACCGCGCCGGCCAACCACACUCCGAUGUGAAGGGGAUGACGACACAAGAAGGACGGCAUGAUGAUCUUCCUGUCACCAGAUUGUUCGGCAUGUCCAUGUCAUCGACACGCCGCGUCGUCGACAUCAUAGUGGAUCCGGACGCGCCAGUUGCGAGUCGACCAGUGCACCCCCUCCCGCACCUGCGCCGCGACCGACGUACGCAUCGACGCUCAAAAGGCCAUUGACAAGGCCCAUGAAGGUGUAAUGAAAGCUACACUCACGCGACCAUCUCGCGCCAUGCUGUCCAAAUUCAUCCAGCUUGCAGGGGACGAUUCGAUCUCCGGCGACGUCAUGCUCGAGGCGAUUGAGGAAUCCCUUCCGUAUCCAAAACGUGUGGGCACCUCGACAUUUUGGAUCGAAACAUGGGAGGCC